GAAAAUACUUUUCCGAGUUUUACGCUGUUUGGUAUGGGCCGGACUUCUGAUGUAAAAGUUGGGCUGAAAAUGAUUUUACAUAUCGCUGAAAACGUUUUCCCCCAAAAAAGAAGGGAAAACAGUUUUCCAUUUCUUAUUCGCUCGUUCCAAAAGAAGCCUUCUUCUCUCUCGUUCCCAAAUCAAAUCUCUCUCCUCUCAGAUCUCCUCCUCCUCCUCUCAGCGUGGGCAACUUCAAAUCGAAAUAGAUUGUAUGCUAGUAUGAAGUCGGAUCACAGAGUAUCAACUCAAAGUUCAGUUCAGAUGACCCGUGAAUUAAAAGGCAUGAUUAUUGGUGCUGUGGCAGCCAUUAUUGGUUAUGUUCUUGCUUUUCUUGAAGUUUAUAAGUCUAGAAAUGGAGGGCCUAGAAUAAUAAGGCAACCUUACGUGAAUAGGGAUAGUUUGAGGGAGGCUAAUAUUAAUAGUAUUCUAUGUUGUGGUGAUACUCAUUGUUUAGGACAGAUUCGUAUGAGACCCACUGCUUAUUUUAGCUUGUGCAAUAUUUUAGUUGAGAGGGGACUACUGUGGGAAUGUCGUCAAAUGAGUGUGAAGGAGCAAGUACUUAUAUUUUUACACUUGUUGGGACAUAAUGUAAGGUUUCGAGCAAUUGGAGGGAGGUUUUUUAGGUCAACUUGGACCAUACAUCAGUAUUUUCAUGUUGUGCUUCAAGCUAUCCUUCGAUUGUACACAAAAUUUGUAAAACCACCAACAACUACACUUCAACCAGAAAUCCAAAACAACCCUAGGUUCUUUCCAUGGUUUGAGGAUUUCAUAGGAGCUAUAGAUGGGACACAUGUACGUGCAUCUGUUCCUAUUGAGAUGCAAGAUAGAUUUCGCGGUAGGAAGGGUGGGACGACACAAAAUGUGUUAGCUGCUGUUAAUUUUGACCUUAAAUUUACUUAUGUUCUUGCUGGUUGGGAGGGUUCUGCGCAUGAUUCGAAGGUCUUAGGUGAUGCACUAAGAAGGGGGUUCAAGGUACCACAAGGAAAGUAUUAUCUGGCUGACGGAGGGUACGGUGAUCGUAAAGGUUUUAUGCCUCCAUUUAGGAAAGUUCGUUAUCAUUUGAAAGAGUAUACUAACAACCCUCCUGAAAAUGACAAAGAGUUGUUCAAUCUUCGUCAUUCUUCACUUAGAAUGUGUGUAGAGAGGGCAUUUGGAGUACUGAAGAAGAGGUUUCGUGUCUUGGAUGCCGAGCCAUUUUGGCCAUUUAAAACACAAGUUGAUGUGGUUCUAGCUUGUUGUGUGAUACACAACUACCUUAGAGGCGUAGAUCCAAAUGACCCAAUUGCAAGAGAAGUUGACAUGGAGAUGAAUUCACAAGAUGCAAGAGCACCACUUACUCGAAGGGAAGUGAGAGAAGAAACAAAAGAGUGUGUGAAAAAGAGAAAUGCCAUAUCAUUGGCGAUGUGGACAGCAUAUAAGAAGCCUCGGACAUUGUAAUCAAACUCAUUCAAUUAAUCACAAUAUAUAUGUGAGCAUAUAUUAGCUGGCAACUGACUAGAACAGUGAUACUAAGACUUGACUGCUUGAGGCCUCUAAGCCAUAUGCGUUUUUUUUAGUCCUGGUCAAACAUGUUCUUGCGUUGUAUGAAAAUGAUGAAGCUGUAAUCUUGUUAUGUUCUUGACAAAAGACUACUGCUUUUGCAGAAACAUAUUUUCUUUAUUAAGCUUGCACUUUGGUAUAACAAAUCUCCUUAUUUAUACUC